UCUUACGUUCCCCUUCGGUAUGAACGCCCCAUUGGUUCCCAUGGCUGCGUUACGUUCCCGCCAGGGAAUCUGCAGAAUACGGAGUUAUAUCCAUACCUCCAUUCCCAUGACCAUAUUUAAAGAUGGCAGAAGCUUCGUCCUGUUCAGUUGAGUUUCUCUUUCCAGUUUCAGAGUGGUUGAAAGAGUGAGCCCUGAAGACAUCAGUCAUAUACAUUCUCUUGCUUAACUGUCUUAUGUUGAGUACUGCUACAUUUUAUGGUGAUAACUUCACCACAAUGGCUGACGGAUUGAACGAAGCAAGGGCGCUUAGAAUUACGGAACUGAUGAACGACUUCAGAACGCUCUUACUUCAUAUAUCCCAGCUGAAAACAGAUGCUCCACAAGGCGAGGAGCAUGAAGAGGGUUAUGCAAUAAUGAGACAAUGCUUCCACGAGGUCCAGGGAUUGAUCUCCGCCCAAUUUAAUGUCGAGGCCAUACAGAACCCAAAUGGAGACGGGGAAUGGCAAAAAGUGCAGCUUCAAAGGAUAAUACUUGAUGCAUCCGCGCGACGCUUUCAAGCUCACAAGAUUUACCUGCGAAUGGCUGCUGCCAGGAGAUGGGCUAUGAGCCGAAUGAAAAUCCUUCAGGGCCAGAAACCAAACCAUUCGCAUCUGAACGCUUUGAGAGCCAUCGAUCAGACAUUGCGCAACGAGCUUUCGUCGUUUACAGACCCUUAUAUCCGGAAUGAUCUCAUGUCCGCUGAUGUCCGUGCUGGUCACUGGCUCAGCGAAGACCCUGACCUAAGCAUUAUCCUUCAUUGGUUUCGUACUCACUCGUAAUUGGUACGGGUUACUUGUGGGGGCGGGAACGGAACAUGAUCGUCGAAACCCGAAAUUUGACGACUCUACAAUCAAAAUCCUCUAGGAGCGUCCACCCACACGCUUAACGAGAGCGCUUUACGCCUUGUUAACCUAUAGUCUAACGGCGGAUGAGGAAAACUGGAUUUUUCCCCCUUUUAUCAGGAGCGCUGGACGUGUCCUUGCCCUUCAAUAUGGGACCAGUCUUGAAAAGUUCUGCACGUUUUAUACAGACAUAAUCUUUGUUCCUUUGCACAAUUGUUCUGCGCUUUUUUCUUUUCUUUUCUUCUUUUUUUGUUUUCCCUUUUGGAAUAUACGCAUUACUAGGGCAUUCGAUACCCCACGUAGUCCUUGCUGUUGAUUAUCUAUGAGCUUUAUCGAAUCUUGUUUGGGCAGGUAUUGUUGGCUGCGGGACAGUUUGUGUACGAUAUCAUCAGUUCAGGAGAACUAGUCUCAUCUAUUGUCUUGGAUCCGGAUAGCUAGAGCAUCCAUUUGACA